CAGAGUGGGUGGCAGGCGGAAAAUGCACCAAAUGCUGGAUACACAACCGCCAUAAAUCCAAGGAAGAAGAAGGUAUCAAUAUACAACAGAGCGCACAACAUGAGCUUCACCAUUGAAGAAAGAGGAAACCCUAACACCUUGAGCUACAGGGUGUUUUUCAAGAAUUCAGAUGGAAAGUACAUUUCACCAUUCCAUGACAUACCUAUGUAUGCAGAUGAAGCUCGGAACAUUUUCCACAUGGUUGUUGAGGUACCAAGAUGGACAAAUGCAAAAAUGGAGAUUGCUACAAAAGACCCUCUGAACCCAAUUAAGCAAGAUGUGAAAAAGGGCAAUUUGCGCUAUGUGGCAAAUGUUUUCCCAUAUAAAGGCUACAUUUGGAAUUAUGGAGCAAUUCCUCAAACUUGGGAAGACCCUGGGCACAAAGACAAUGACACAGGCUGUUGUGGUGACAAUGACCCAGUUGAUGUCUGUGAAAUUGGUAGCAAGGUGUGCUCUCGUGGUGAUGUUAUCAAAGUGAAAGUCCUGGGUGUUUUAGCAAUGAUUGAUGAAGGCGAAACUGAUUGGAAAGUCAUCGCAAUCAAUGUCAAUGACUCAGAGGCAAAAGACUUGAACAACAUUAGCGAUGUAAGGCGACUCAAGCCAGGCUACCUUGAGGCCACAGUGGAUUGGUUUAGGAGGUACAAAGUACCUGAUGGGAAACCUGAAAACCAGUUUGCAUUCAAUGGAGAGUUUGAAGACAAGGACUUUGCCAUUGAGACAAUCAAAGCCACCCAUGGCUACUGGAAAGAACUUGUCUCACAACACACUAAUGCUGGAGAACUAAACUGCAAGAAUACGUGUGUCUCAGAGGGAGAUAGUCCAUUCUGCUGUUCAGCAGAUGAAGCUAAAGCAAUUGUUGAUGGAUCAUGCAUGUGUGGAGAUGCCAGUCCAAUUCCUAGCUCAGUUGACAAAUGGUUCUUCUAUGCGAAGAACUGAACAAUACACUGUAGAUGGACCAGUCUGAUCACAUGUUUAGAAUAUGUAUGUCAAUAUCUGUGUAGAAUAAUGGAUGUUUUAGAAAACCUGUUUACAUAAGACUUUUCCUGGUUGGAUGAAUCUUACAAUAACAUAAAGAGGAGUUAAAUAAUGUCUUGCUAAGUUAAGUUUUGUAUAUGAUUAAGGUAUUAGAUAUUCAGUGGGAAAGAUAGUAAUGUUAGCAAACAGUCUGGUCAAACUCCGGUACUGUAGAAUUAUGAACAAUUGCUUUAAUAAAACGAUACUGCUAUUACCAAAUACUUCUUUGUUUAAGGUG